AUGGAGGUGCAGUCGGAGUGUGUGGAGCCUCCUGCGGGCCCUCAGUGUGACCCCCAGCCCACAGGGAAGAUCAACAAAGCUGCCUUCAAACUCUUCGGAAAGCGGCGCACCGGCUCUGGAAUGGCCAGCUUCUUCUCCUUCAGGAACAAAGGGGCUACAAACAGCGGCAACAACGGGAACUCCGACAAUGGGAAUUCUCUGAACGGGAACAGCUCAGUGGCGUCGGUGGAGCUCGUUAGGAGCAAAACCCACGAUGGACUAACGGGCUCGAACAGCGAUGCUGAUGGACAGAGAGGGGAGGGGCCCGCUGGCCUGGAGGCAGGACCCGUGAGGUCUCUCAGUAAAUCGCUGAGUUUCUUCUCUCUACUCCGACGUGGGAGCUUUAGGUCGAGUGAAAAUGGAGGGGCGGGGCUUGUCCGAAGAGGGAGGGGCCUAAAGGGCUUUUUCAGCAGCAUGCGAUGGAGACGCAAGGAAAAAACAAACGAGGGAGAGGGGGAAGAGGUGGAAGGGAAGAGGGAGAAGGAUGGGGAAAUUGCAGACUCUGAAAAGGUAAAGGACAUUACGCUCACCCUCGAACCGCCUCCGCAUCAUCACCAAGAGGAUUGCGGGAAUGCAGAGACAGAACCUAACCUAGAGACUCCCACUACUAGUGCUACCAUGACACCCCCUCACUGUGUUGCCAUGCCAGGGCCAUCUGGUGAGCCAGACUCCCCCUUCCCUUACACACCGACUGACUCGCCACUGCGCCCUCCCAUCCAAAAAGCCAAAGCUUCAAUUUCCAGCCUCACCCCCUCCCUCGCUACGCCCCCUUUGGAUCGCUGCAGCACGGGUGACCCACCCUCAGAGCCCUCGGUGGACCGCCUUUGCUCUCUCCUCUUCACUGACGUCACGUCCCUCAAGAGCUUUGAUUCUCUGACGGGCUGUGGUGACAUUAUUGCGGACGCAGACGAGGACGGGCCAGCGGGUAAUGGGGGCAGUGGCACCAGCAGCAGCAGCAGUGGUGGAGGAGGGGGGAGUGUGGGAGCGGGUGCUGGGAGGGCUGGUGGUAUGGCCAGUGCCAUGUCUCGUGGCUCCCCAUCCAAAACCCCCCUACCUUCCCAGCUGACCCAGCCCAUGUUUUCUGUUUCCCCAAGCUCAGUGCCUUCCUCCCUCCCAGCCCGCGCCCGCGCACCGCCUCCACCGCAGCAGCACCCAGCCGGUAGUGGUGUGGUGGCCUACAUGGGCGGAGGGGAAGAAAUGGCGAGUCCGGAAGGAGUUGACGAUGCAGACAUGCAGGGGCUCUGGCACAUGCUGCCCUCCACGGGUGACAACUCCCCUGCUUUGCCUCGAUCACACCAACCUUCCUCUUCCACCCCCACGUCCACUUAUCCCCCUCGUGCCACCUCCAACCUCGCCGGCAGUCACCUGCCCUCGGCACCGAGGAGCGUAGACCGAAAGGCACCCCAGGUGAAGAUGCUGGGGCUCAGCAAGAUUCCAAUAGUUGGUGGAGCAGGAAGCCGGACAGCUAAACCCCCCCUCCCUCACACACAUGGCCGUCAUCCCGCAUCACCUGGUGAAAAAGAGCCACUGAGCGAUGAGGGCUACUGGGACACACCCUCAGCGACACCCACAGCAACACCUGACGAGAGUGGGCUGCAGCGCAACCAAAAGAUGGCCCUCUCGCGUGACAGUUGCUCCGGAGACCACCUGUACGACCUCUACAAUGACCCCGAAGAGGAAGAAGAGGAAGAAGAGAAGGGGGGAGAUGAAGAUCUGAACAGCACUCCCUCUCCAUCCACUGAGUACAAACUGAGCCCCACCUCCCAGACAACUCCUCCGUCCUCCUCCUCCUCGUCCUCCUUCAGAUCAAUGAAAGGCAGCACCAGCCUUCCUCGGGAAUCCAAGAUCCCAGUAAGCAGCAGGCAGACGCCACCUCCCCACUCCGCAAGCCAGUCAGCCCUCUCUUCUGUUCUAGAGGCCGAAUCCCCUCCACCAAAGACCAUUGCGCCUCCCCCGGCUCGCACCAGAAUCCCUGUAUCCAAGGUGCCCGUUCGUCGUUCUGGAAACAAACCUGGCAGCACAACCCGAGGUACUGCCCACAAGAAGUAGUUCCUGUCAAAUAGGUGGUUCUCUCCCACUAACCUACGGACUUGAGCGUGCAUCACUUCAGUGCUGUUUGUGCAGAGCCAAAAGUUUUCCCAGACCAAGAAAAAUGUUGAGCUGCGGAGUUAACAGCCUAUAAAUUCCUCUCAAAUCUUAAAAGCUCUCAUUCCUGAAGUGUUUUGGCUUACGACGGGCUAGAAUAGAAUUAGUGGUUUUGUUCACUUGGAAAAGUCACGAGGACACUCCAAAAAGCUGGGUUAACACUUCACAGCUCUCGCUGGAACUUUGGAGGUUGACUCUUGACAAUCCAUGGACUUGCAAUAGACACAUAUGCCUUGUAACUUUCCUGGAAAAGCUCCCGA